AUGAUAUACAAAAUUUAUAACAAUUAUUCCCGGAAGCUUCAUGAACACAGCGAUAAAUUUAUAAAAUAUUUAAUUGAUAAAAAUAAAUCUGUAAGCAUUUAUCAAGAAAAAAUUCAGAAAAGUGCAUAUUCCUUACACGAAACCUCAAAGCAGAGUAAUUUUAAUGAAUACCCAAUAGUUUUGAACUAUGAAAAGCAAAGGCACAAUGGCAAAAGAAGUAAUACGAAAGUUAAAGCGAUUUUAUUUGCCAAUAUAUUGGGUUUAACUGUGCAUUCAAAGAAAGACGAAAAUUUAGAAAAUAAAGAUAUGAUUAUUAAAAAAAAUGAGUUUAGUUUAAUAAAUAAUAAAGGCAAACUGUCUACAAAUAUUAAAGAUACCAAUAACUUAGAAUCAGAUUCUGUGAACACAGGAAGGAACAUAAAAAAAUCAAAAGAUGACAAAUAUGAAUAUUACCAAGAAUUAAGUGAAUAUAGCAACAUGCAAAUAUUCUCUAGCAAUAGUCACCAUGAAUUAGCAAAUGAAAUAUGCUCCAAUUUAGGAAUAGGCUUAGGUAGAGCUUAUGUCGGGAAAUAUAGUGAUGGAGAAAUAGCUCUUCAAAUAAUGGAUGAAGUUAGAGGUAGGGAUAUAUACAUAAUUCAUUCAACUCCAGCGGGUGGGAAAGAUAUACAUGCACGUUUAAUGGAAUUAUUUUUAUUCGUUUCAACAUUAAGGAGAUCUUCUGCAAAAAAAGUUACCGCGGUUAUACCUUAUUUAAAUUAUUCUAGACAAACUAAACAGUUAGAUGAUUUCAAUUAUGUUCAUUCAUUGGGUGCACCAGAAAUAGCCAUUUUGUUGCAAGCGUGUGGUGUUGAUUCAAUUAUUUCAGUUGAUUUACAUAACCCGCGAAUCGAGGGAUUUUCUACAGACGAAAAACUUUUCCAACCCCCAUUAAUGAAUAUUAAUCCCCAAUCCUUAGCUGUGGAAUACUUUAAAAAAAAAAAACUACAGAACCCAGUUAUUGUAUCGAUUGACAAUGAUGGAGCAGAAAGGACAAAGGAAUUCUGGAUUCGAAUGAAAAAUCAUUCCAUUAAUGCAGGUUUUACAACCAUUGUUUCUAGUUCACACAAUGAAAUGAAUAGUAGAGAAGGACAUCCAAGUAAUGUUGAAAAUGAGCUCAAGAACACUUCCAGCAACAAAUAUAUGAAUAUAUUUAAUCAAGAAAAAAAAAAAAAUAGUACCACUAACCCCCUAAAAAAUUUAGAAAAUAAAAAUAUGAAUCAAAAAAAUUCAAAUUCAUUUGAAAAAGAGAAAUUUACCAUAGUCGGAGAUAUUAAAGGGUGCGACUGCAUUUUGGUAGAUGAUAUUCUUGAUACUGGUGAAAAAUCUAAAAAAGUAGCCGCUAUUUUAAAAAAUGCUGGAGCGAGCAAAAUAUAUCUCUAUGCUACUCAUGCUAUCUUAUCUGAUGGAUGCAUUGAAAAGAUUAAUGAAUCCUGUAUUGACGAAGUUUUAACCACAAACACUAUACAUAUUCCAAGCAAUAUAUGCUGUGAAAAGUUGCACAUUUUGUCAGUUGCCAAAUUAGUUGCUGAAGGAAUAAAAAGAGUUCACAACGAACAGUCGAAGAAUGCAAUGGAAGAUUUCUCAGAUGGGGAAGUAGAAAUGCAAGAAAAAUAA